UCAUCAUAUGUGGUGACACUGCUUUUGAAAUAAACAACACAAACCAGGCGAUUAGCAUACGUUUGAAAGCUAUUGUUAUUGAUAUUUGCCGCUAUAUAUUGAGCCUAUUGAUCAUGCAUAAUCGUGGCUUUGCAUUAGUGGCCACAGCCAUGCUGAUGCUUAUUUUGAUAAGCCAUGCCCAGUGUCAGGCGCCGGAAGCUGAUGCGCCAAAGCCCGCACCAAAAGCGGCUCCGAAUCCGAGUCCAACUGCCAACAACACCAAUAGCAACAUUAAGACCGAGGGGGGGCUCGAGUUGGGAGUACCUGCAGUAUCCAAUUCUAAAACAGAUAAGGGGUCCGUUAAGAAGGACGAGCCACGAAUUCCAGAGACAAAAGAGGGCGUUAUUACUGAGAAACCUAUUGAGCAGAAGAAGAAUGAAGAAAAGAUUGUUCCUGAAAACCCCCCUACAGCUUCGCCAAAGACAGCCUCAUUGCCGGCAGAGUCCAAAAUGCCCCCUGAUGAACAUCAUUUGGGUCAGUCCGCUUUUAAUGAAGAAUUGGAUAUACCUGGACAGGCUUUCUUCUAUGUACUCGUGGGUAUCACAACCACUGCCAUUAUAUUGCUUGUCGUGCGGGUGUAUGGAUUGCGCCUAUCGCGUGCCGAACGGAAGUAUGGCGUACAGGGCGACCGGGCCAAUGAGGAAUUAACACCGCUGCCGAUGGCCAUUGAGGAUGUCAAUAGCGAUGAGGAGGAUCAUACAGUUUUUGAGGUUAAUCGUCAGAAUAUACGCAUAUUAUGAAACAUCAGCUGGGUUGUGCCAAAGAGAACUAUUCUCACACUAAUAAUUUUCUCAUUCAAUUCCAAACUUGCCUUUUGUAGUUGUAACUAUUUGCUGCUGCAUUGUAGAAUUAUUCUAUUUAGCUGCUAAUCUGCUGAAUCUAUUUUGCCUAGACUAUAAGCCACACUCUCUAUAUAUUAUAUGUAUGUACACUUACACCCCUAUAUCUCUCUCCCUCUCUCCUUUUUCUUAACAGUUGAAUCAAGUUUAAUAGAAAACAAAACAAAAAAAGGGAAAACCAUUUGUGAUAACACUCUGAUAUAUAUAUAUAUAAUAUGUAAAUGUUUAUAAAAACAAAGUGAAGAGAAAAAUGCCUGAUAAUCUCUCGAAUUGCAAUGUCAACAAACAACAAUAUGAUACAAAUGCUAAUAAAUGUUAUAAUUA